GGGAUCCCCAAAUGGACAAGAUGACAGAGAAACACCUCUGAUUGUUUCCACCCAGCUGAUCCUAUGAGGUCGCUAGAGGAGUGUUGUGGGGCUGAGUGGUGGAAAAAGCACCAGUGAGGAACAACCUUGUAAUAAUGAGUUACCUUUUAUGAAAAGCCUGGUCACCGAGCCAGGCUGGUUGCAUAAAGUAGAUGCUUCUGUCGGUGGUGGUGUUGUCUUCAACUGAUAUGUCCAGGCAAUAAUGGAGAGGAAUCCUUGACUUCUCCACAGGUUACAGUCAUAUUUCGUGACAUUUGAAGAGCAAACAGUACUAUGGCUCCAUGAAUUGCAAAACUGCAGGAAGUGUGGCAGCCCUCCCUACCUCCAGCUUUACUUCCUUACUGUGACCUUCUCAUUGGGAACUUUGGUUUCACCCCCACGGGAUAUGCAGUGACCUGCCUUGGCACCAGAGCAGAGAAACAGUUUGCAGAUCAGGGAGAACCAUGGCCUUGAGCUUGAAUGUUUUUCACCUCUUCUCUAAGUUCAAAGUAUUGGUGCUUGUCACUUUGUUUUUGAUGGUGCUAUGGACCACAUUCAGUUACUUUGUGGACUCCAGACAGGAAAUUUCGAAAGCUAAGAGCAUGAUGGAGGUUUUCAGGAAGGUAACUAGCCUGGUGGACAGUGAAAAGGAAACGAAGAUCAAAUCAAGUGCAAAUGUUCCUGUGGUGAAGUCAUUUCAGGGUCCCUGCCCAGCUCAGUCUCCGUACCUGCGAGGUGCCAGCAAACUCACCUUCAAACCAUCUGUUACACUAGAAGAAGUGCAAAAGGAGAACCCUCAGGUAGCCAAGGGCCGUUAUCACCCUACGGAGUGCUCAGCACUGCAACAGGUGGCCGUCCUUAUCCCACACCGCAAUCGAGAGAAGCACCUGCUGUACCUCCUGGAGCACCUCCACCCCUUCCUGCAAAGGCAGCAGCUGAACUACGGCAUCUACGUUAUUCACCAGGCUGGCAACACCAAAUUUAAUCGAGCUAAACUGCUGAAUGUAGGAUACCUAGAGGCCCUAAAAGAAGCGAACUGGGACUGUUUCAUUUUCCAUGAUGUGGAUUUGGUGCCAGAAAAUGACUUUAACAUUUACAUGUGUGACACACAACCAAAGCACCUUGUAGUUGGCAGGAACAAUACUGGAUACAGGUUACGGUACCGGGGAUAUUUUGGAGGUGUAACUGCUCUAACAAGAGAUCAGUUUUCCAAAGUGAAUGGAUUCUCUAACAACUACUGGGGUUGGGGUGGAGAAGAUGAUGACCUUCGAAUCUGCAUUGCUAUUUCCAGGGUUGAAUUGCAGAAGAUGAAGGUGGUGAGGCCAUCUGCUGAUGUAGCCAGGUACACGAUGAUUUUCCACAACCGAGACCAUGGGAACGAGGAGAAUCGAGAGAGGAUGAAGCUUCUGCGUCAGGUAUCUAGAACAUGGAAAACAGACGGGCUGAAUUCUUGUUCAUACAAACUGCUCUCAGUGGAACACAACCCAUUGUACAUCAACAUUACAGUGGACUUCAGUGUGCAGCCCAAGGUCUCAUAGGGGCGAGCACCACGCAGGUUAUAGGAAAUGGCAACAGAUCUUGUUUGUGGCUGCUAUUAGAGCAGAGGGCUUCUGGCACUCCGUUUGGAAGAGUGCUUCAGUAGCAAAGAAGAAAGUAAAGUGUUCCUUCACAGCAUCUAAUUGAUUGGUUGAAAACUUCCUUUUGUGAGGACUGGAGCUAUGGACUGACCCGAGGGACAGGUCCUCCUGUUCUUCUAUGCACUUUUUGCUGGGAUAUUUGCAAAAGUGUCCUUGUUUGGGCUGGUCCAGUGAAAGGACUUGAACUAAGUCACUGAAAAAAUUUUGAUUUGCAACUAUUUCUAAACUUUUUUGUGAUCUUAUUGAAAGCACAAGAAUUCUUCAACAACUACAAACUUAAUAAGAAAAGCUAAUUUUUUCUAGCCUGAGUAAAAACUGCGUGUGAGGCAAGGGCAAUAAUGGUAAUGGUCAAGGAGAUGUUAAAAAUCUCUCAAUAAAUGCAGUCUGCUGAACUCCA